CCGCGCAUCGUUCCUUCUCUCUAUCAGUACCAGCCCUCUGCACCUCUCAGUCGCCAUGUUCGCCCGCUCCGCCCUCCGCACGACCUGCCGCCAGGUUCGCCAGCAGACCGCUCGCCAGACCCGCGGCAUGGCGCACAACCACCACACCGGCGUCGCCCCGGCCAAGUCGGACCUGCCUUGGAUCGUCGGCUCGGCGCUCGUCUUUGUCCCCUUGUUCAUCAGCCUCACGUCGCCGCCCGAGAUGAUGAAGCACGCGACGUCGCCGGCGCACCCGGACAAGCACCACGACGUGCCGGCGUCGCGCAAGGCGACCGAGUCCGAGGACGCGGCCGACAAGGAGCCGAGCCCGAGCCACGCCGCGGCCGCCGAGGCCAACCAGGCCGAGGAGGAGAGCCACAGCGAUGCGGCCGAGGCGCAGCCGGAGCAGGAGGGCAAGGACGAGGAGAGCGUCGCCGAGGGCAAGAAGGUCGACACGGAGGACGCCCCGACGCCGGCCAACGCUGCGACCGACGACGAGAAGCUCGAGGCUACGCCCGAGGCCAAGGCUGCUGCGAAGGAGAGCCAGCCCGGCAAGCAGGAGAAAAUCUCGUCGGCCAUUGCCGAGUCGAAGGAGGAGGAGGCCAAGAAGGACUCGGACGAGUAACCGUCUCGAGCGAGAACGAGCCGUCGGCGAGUGGGUGUCGAGUCGGCCGGCGUGGGAGGACGGCGCACCCGAACGCGAGGAGUGUCAAAAGGAGUAGAAGCGCACAGCCGUACAUUUUCCGUUCGUCUCAGUC